CUUUUACACUUCCACCAUACAAAUAAGUUUUAGCCUUCUCGUGGAUGAUGAUGAAUCCAUGAUGAUCACAACCAAAAUUUUGAGUUUCAUUUCUUAUUAAAAACCUCUAUCUAUCUCAGUUUCUGCAUUCUCUUAGUUUCCGAUAGAUUUUCCAUUUCAUUCUUGAAGAAAAAUAUCUGAAUCUUUUGUUGUUGGUGUGAAUGAUUGUGGAAUUCUAAUCGAUUUAAGGAAGCGGCGAUUUCCGCCGGUGGAUUAUCGGCAUUUUUUUCUUGUUCGGAGAAUUAAGUUGAUUUGUUGAGGGGAAUUAGAACGACGAAGCUGAGAGAUCGAGUGGAUUAUCGAGGGAAGAAGAUGAAGUUCUGCAAAAAGUAUGAGGAGUAUUUGCGAGGUCAGGAGAAGAAACUGAAACUACCUGGAUUUCACUUCAAACGGCUUAAGAAGAUUCUGAAGAAUUGUAGCAGAGAUUUUCAAUCUCGACACCGUCAUGGCGAUGGCACUUGCUCCGCGGUCGCCAUUCACACCUGUCCGGAUCAGUGUUCAGUGUGCGAUGGGACUUUCUUUCCUUUCCUUCUCAAUGAAAUGUCUGCAAUAGUAGGAGGUUUUAAUCAGCGAGCACAAAAGUUGCUUGAACUGCACCUUGCUUCUGGCUUUAGAAAGUAUCUCUUAUGGUUCAAAGGCAAACUGGAAAGCGAUCAUGCUGUCUUAGUUCAAGAAGGGAAAGAACUGGUUAAUUAUGCAUUGAUGAACGCCAUUGCAGUUAGGAAGAUCUUGAAGAAAUAUGAUAAGAUUCAUUACUCCAAGCAAGGGCAAACCUUCAAGUCACAAGCUCAGAGUAAGCACAUCGAGAUCCUUCAGUCACCAUGGCUAUCAGAGCUUAUAGCAUUCCACAUUAACCUGAAGGAGACAAAGCAUAAAUCUAAGAGGAUCUCUUCAGCAUUUGAGGAAUGUUCCCUUGCAAUUACCGACGGAAAACCAUCACUUACUUGCGAGCUCUUCGAUUCAGUCAAACUUGACAUCGACUUGACAUGUUCCAUAUGUUUGGAAAUAGUAUUUGAUCCCGUUUCACUCACUUGCGGCCAUAUAUUUUGCUACAUGUGCGCUUGUUCGGCAGCUUCAGUAACCAUAGUUGAUGGGCUAAAGUCUGCUAAUGCAAAAGCGAAGUGCCCACUCUGCCGUGAGGCAAGAGUUUAUGAAGGUGCUGUACACUUGGAAGAGCUUAAUAUUCUAUUAAGUCAAAGCUGCCCCGAAUACUGGGAAAAACGUCUCGAAACAGAAAGAGCAGAGAGGGUCCAGCAAGCAAAGGAUCACUGGGAAUCCAUGUCUCGAGCAUUCAUGGGAGUGUAGAUCUUUAAUAUCAACUCUUGUGAAUUGCGUUUUCUUGAUGAAAACUGUAAAUUUUAUUUAUUUAUUUCUAGAACUUUUACAGCUGCUGAUGCCAAGGUUCCUGCAGGCUGAACCCUUUUGCAGAAUUUAAGUACGGUUAGAACUCUUCUUCUUUAGUCGUUUGGUCGAUAGUAUAGGUAAGCUUAGUUUAUACCGUUUGUUGUAAAAUCCAACCCACUAGGUUUCAUUACACAGUUUCUUUUAUGCUGUAAACUUGGAUAUUUAUUAUUCUUCUCUCAUAAUCUUUCAUUUGGGUGUAAUUUCUAUGCUUUAUAAGAUAACUAAAUAUUAUGAAAUUGUUUGAUAAA